UUCUCUUUAUCUUCUCAUCGAUAAUGUAAUAAAUCUCUUUUUACUUGAAUCAACAAAUGAUUCUGCAACUGAAGUGUUAGUUGAAUUCAUAUCGCAACCUAGCAUUACAAUGUAUCAGAAUACUGUGUGCGAGAAGAUGCUUAGUUGCAUGACUAGUGAUUGGGCUAAAGCCCAAAUGAUUAAUGAUGCCGAUGAAUCAUUGCCAAGAAACCUUUGUAGAUUAAUGACGACCUUUGGAGAAAAUUUUUAUAAUUAUCUUGCCAUAAAUUUUUUGCGGCAAGAUAUAAUUACUUACAUGGAAAUGAUGUUAAUAUUUGCGGGAUAUCCAG